AUGGUGAUUUCGGCCCCUGGAUAUACACACCGCCGCCUUGAAGGAGAAGUUAGAGGCAGAAGCUAUCUACUGACGCAUAAGGAGAACCGACAGGAACAUCUCUUGAAGCUCGUCAGCAGCACGAUACACAACUUGCUUCGAGGAUGUGAACAGCAGGUUGCGGAGAUCAGAGCUAAAUUCGAUAUUUUGAGGUCUCGGCCUGAGUAUGGCGAGCGUACGAGAACCAGGAAUGAGAUCUCCCACCAGAAAACUAGGGCGAAAAGUAUUUUCAGCGCCAUUAGCUGCUCUAUCACACAAAUUCUUCAUCCAUCCGUACGUUUAAUAUGGAGAUGGAGUCUUGAAAAGACUUUCCAAUCAUUUGCGUCUGGAAUUCAACUCAUUUCAAUACCACCUCAGAUAUGUUUCAUGAGAAGCCAUAGCUGA